CAAUGGGCGACCUCGGCGAGGCUUGGCUGUGGGGAGAUUGAUGCAGGGGUGAGAUGGGAGGCAGGUGAGAGGGUGCCGUGGUUCGUGGCUCAGGUGCCUUCAGUGCAUGCAGGGGACGUGGAGGGCACUGCUGGACCUCGUGUUGGUGGCAGGGUGGGAGGUUGGGCGCUGCUCUGCCUGGCAAGGGGACUCCUAGCUUGCACAUCCCCCCUUCCUUGUAACAUUAAGAGCCUUUUUGACCCCAAAUCCCACAUGUGCACAGCAACACAUCUUCCAAAGCAGCACACAGUUUAUGGCCAGCAGUGCCCAUGAGUCUGAACUUUGAGGCUCCCCUCCUUCCUCUCAAGAGGCUCUGCAAGGGGCUGUCAGCAGCUGUCAGCACUUUGCUGUGUCUGGUCACAUACCAACCGGUGCAGGAGCAGCUCAAGCAGCAUGCACAGCUGCAAGCUUUCUGCACACUGAAACAUCUGGGCAUUGCUCCUUGUGGAGCCAUACAGCAGCAUGGCUUGACUGCAGCUUGGAAGGCAUCACCACCCUUCUAUCCCUUCCGCUUGUGCCCCAAACCUGCUGUACAAGGGCGCUGUGCCAGACACAGUAGCACAAAACAGCCUGAAGUGCCACAGAAAUUCCAGGCAGACCCAUCAGCUUCUCACACCCCUCCCUCUUUGUUUUCUGCUUGCUUGCUCCUUCCCCAUGCUCCACUCUCCUCCCCUGUCCCUGCAGACUCAGUGCUGCCUGCAGUUGUUGCCUGCUGCUGAGAUAAGAUAGAAAUUUGGCCUUACCGAGGGCAGGUGAAGGUGGUUUGACAUGGUGCAAUUUAUCACCGUCGCACACUGCCUGGGGCAGAAUUUUCCAAGAUGUGUGCUGCUAUUGGGACCUUUUCCUUUGCUGUUAAACCAGGAGCAAGGGAAGCACUUCUCAGCUGCAUGGUUACAUCUGUGCAAGCCAGCAGGGCUAAUAGGUCUGGAGAUGGCUCAAUAGAGUUCAUCACCUUGCAUAUGAUAUCUUCUGCCCUUCAUUACCGUACGGGGCAGGGCUCUUGGCCAUAGGAUAAGGUCUGAUAAAGGUUUCCUAUCCCACGUCCCUUGUCCCAUGACGUGGAACAGAAAAGAACGUUAUCCAUUAUACAUAGCAUGUCCUAUAGGGCACUGGUCACCCUCAUUUAUCACUGGAGAUAUCGACUGAAACAGGAAUCGCCGUCUUUUGUGACUUUGCCAAAGGUCUUCCUUUCCUAUUAAAUUGCUGACCUGGACUGGCUACAAGGUAAGGGUAUUUUCUAUGCGUUCCUGGGAGAACUGCACAGCCCAGUGAGCUCCCCACGGUGCACCCCAUGGCAGUGGCUGGGUUAGAAUCAUUUCUUUAGGCUGUUUCCAGGGCUUUCAGGGCAUCUGCUGCUCAGCUGCAGCCCAGUGCUGUGCAGGCUGGGCUGUACGAGGUCAGGCUUACUGCCUGCAGUCACACGAUGGUAGUACAGCGCAGGGUGAUGCAGGAACAGAAGGGAGAACUUUGUGUAGAAAAGCACAUCUGGAGCAGACAUGGGGUGCUGAGCAUGAGGACGUGUCAGCUGCUCUGUGCUGUGGGACUGUAGAGAACCAGGCCCUUGGGUUUCACUUCUCCAUUGCAAUUUAUUGGUGAUGCCUCAGGGAUGAUGAUGCUGGGAGCUGAGCUCUGACCAGGUGAGCAGAGCUGGACCAGGCAGGAGACACAUGGAUGGAGAUGCUGUUCCACUGCCUGGAGAAAGACCGAGGAUAGUCUGAUACUGUUGGGCAACAGAUGUUUUAAUUCCCUAUUACUGGAGGUUUUCAAGAUGGGAUUGGUUAGAUAGUCUCAUUUAGGCUUGCCAUGAGAAGCUGGACUUGAUUGUAUCUUGAGGUCCUUUCAACCUGUACUGUCCCAUGAUUCUGUAAUUCUAUGUGACCUGCUGGUCACAAGUCUGUGGGAUGGAUUGUGUGAGGUAGUGCAGGGUAUAAUGGCAGAAUGUGGGUGCCAGGGGGAUGCAGCUCUGCACUCCAAAGAUAUCAACCCAGUGGGAACCUGCCAGGACAUGGCCCUGCUCUGGGUGUCCCUGCUUUAGCAGGGGUUGGACCAGGUGGACCCAAGGGUCUCUUCCAACCUCAGCCAUACUGGAAUUCUGUGACUGUGAUUCCAAGAAUGGUUUAAAGCCCUUUUUUCAGACAUGGGGGAAGGUCCAUCUUGACAGGUCCCACCCCAUCCACGAGAUUUGCAUUUCAAAUCUGGCCUUGCAAAUACAGGAGCGCUAAGCUGGGCUUGGGGUGUUUUUGCAGGUUGGAAGAGGAAUGGAGUACAAAGCCCAGGUCGUUGCAGGUCUCCUGGCAGCCACCUGUGUCUUCAGCAUCGUUGCCCUCAUACUGAGUGCUGUAAAUGUGAAGGAUGUGUUGCUGCCUCCUGGCACUAAGUACAGCCUGGUGUUCGACGCCGGCUCCACGCACACGGCUCUCUACGUCUACCAGUGGCCUGCAGACAAGGAGAACGGCACGGGCAUCGUCUCCCAGGUGGAGUCCUGCACUGUGAAUGGAUCUGGCAUCUCCAGCUAUGCAGAUGAUCCCACUGGAGCUGGUGCCAGUCUGAAGCCCUGCCUGGACAAGGCCAUGGCAGUCAUCCCUGCAGAGCAGCAGUGGCAGACACCCACCUACCUGGGGGCCACAGCGGGGAUGAGGCUGCUGAGGGAGCAGAACAGCACAAAGGCUGAGCAGGUCUUCGCUGAGGUCACCAAGGCCAUUCGUGAGUACCCUGUGGACUUCCGUGGAGCUCAGAUCCUCACCGGGAACGAGGAGGGCUCCUUUGGCUGGAUCACUGUCAACUACCUGCUGGACACACUUAUCAAGUUUUCCUUCACAGGAAAAUGGGAACAUCCACAAAACACUGAGGUCCUGGGAGCUCUGGAUCUUGGAGGAGCCUCAACACAAAUAACCUUCCAGCCUGGAGUCACCAUUGAAGACAAAAACACGUCUGUCCUCUUCAGGCUGUACGGCACCAACUACUCACUCUACACCCACAGCUACCUGUGCUAUGGGCAGAUGCAGGCCUUGAAGAGGCUGAUGGCAGCUCUCCAUCAGGACAGCCAGUACGCCCAGCAGAUAUCACACCCCUGCUACCCCAAGGGAUACCAGGAGAACAUCACCGUAGCAGAGCUCUACGACAGUCCCUGUGUCCCCAUUCCAAGCACGCUCAGCCCUGCACAGAUCCUCACAGUAACAGGGACGGGGAACCCGGCGGCGUGCCGCACCGCCAUCCUGAAGCUCUUCAACUUCACCUGUGGGGCCAACAGGACGUGUGGGUUCGACGGGGUCUAUCAGCCACCUGUGAGGGGACAGUUCUUUGCCUUUGCUGGGUUCUACUACACCUUCUCCUUCCUGAACCUGACCAGCCAGCAGUCUCUAAGCCAUGUCAAUGCCACAGUCUGGGACUUCUGCAACAAGAACUGGUCCAAGCUGGUGGAGACCUUCCCAGACAAUAAGGAGCACCUACACACGUACUGCGUGGUGGGACUUUACAUCUUGACACUGCUGGUCGAUGGCUAUAAGUUUGAUGAGCGCACGUGGAGCAACAUCCACUUCAGCCAGAAGGCAGGAAACACAGAUAUUGGCUGGACGCUGGGCUUCAUGCUGAACCUCACCAACAUGAUCCCCACGGAGGCUCUGGAACACAUCAAGGGGCAGCAGCCCAGUCUGUGGGCAGGAGCCAUCUCCUUCAUUGUGCUGGCUAUAGUUACAGGCCUGGUGGCAAUUCUCCUCCAGUGUUUCUGGAAAUCCAAGUAGCUCCAAGUAGCUCCAAGAAGCCUACGGGCACCCUGCCUUCUAAACCAGGCAGGGAGGGUGGUGCAAGAAAAGGUGGAAGCAAGAGAGGGAAGAAGGCAUUAAGCCCCACCUCCACUGCUCAUGAAGUCUUCUUGAACCACAUCUGUAAAGACAUCAAAGGCAUCUUGAACUCCCUACAAAUCUCAACGAGGAAAUGAUGCCAGAAACCUCUUCAAUCUGGCUGACAAAGGCCAAACUGAGAUGUAGCGGCCAUAUGAAUUCAAGCUAGAAAUAAAGCCCUUUUUGUUUUUCAAAUACAAAGGUCGCUAACAAGUCUAGCAGAGCUUCCAUCCCUCGGCACUUCCACACCUGCUGGGUUGGCUCUCCCAGCUGCAGCUGUGGAAGGCAAUGGGUGCUGGAGAGCAGUGGUGGUCACCUAGGCUCUGGGAGAGGACUGGCAUUUUCUGUAUCCUGUCUUGUAUAAGAUGUGCAAGAUUUCUGUAGUAUGUGGUAGAAUGUCUUUCCAAGGACAGACUGUCAGCUGUCUGUAAGUUAUUUACAAUCAUAUCUCAGCAAAAAAAAUACAAUUGGAACUUGAUUUAA